UGCUUUGGCCUACGCCUACUGCAUCUAACCUCUUCAAACCACUUCAAACCACUUCAAACCACUUCAACACCUCAUCAACACUACUUCCGCACCACUUCAAAACCAAAACUUGCAGGCUGCCAAAAAUGACUUCAGAUAAUCUGACCGAAGCUGUCUCUCCAGGAGAUCUUAUCCUAGUCCACGCCUCUAAAGCAAUAAUGCUCACCGUCAAGUCCGCCCCAGACACUCCGAAUCCACAGACUUCAUCCAUUGUCGUCCAGGAGGUCGAGUGCCACAUUCCCCGUCAGCAGGGAUACUGGAUCAUGGACGGACCAAAGGUUGAGAUGGUGGAAGGAAUCGAAUCAGAAGAGUGUUUUUGUAGAGGAAGUCAUGAGAACGACAAGCCAGAAACCACCCUGAAAGAAUGCUUGGAUGCUGCCACCGGGCAGGAGAUACAAAUCUUUGUCAGACCUCAUGGAAGAGACGUUCUCAAAUACUACUUCAACGGCGCAUGCCCAGAGUGCGGAGGAAGGAGUUGGUCCUGUCCCGGAUGCGGAGGGUAUGGCAUUCGAUUCCCUGAUAUCUUCGGCAGCUGUGGACGAGAUCAGUCUUGUCCGGUUUGUCUAGGACACGAAUUUGCUUUGGAAGACAAGCAAACGCACAGGGACCUCGAGACUCUCAGUAGCAAGCGCUCGGCUCCAGUCCUUUCCGUGGACGAAAAGAUGCAGAUCCGGGAGGAAAUUCUUUCCACCAAGAGGAACAGAUACGAGCUCAUCAAUGCCCGGAAGCAGGAAAUGGGAAUGCCCACGGAAGACAUUGAUAAGUUGAUACAGGACGCUGAAAGGUGUCUUGAUGAGUUCCCAUGAGUAUCAAAAGGCAGAAGCGCCAGCCCAGCAUGCCCCGUCGCUAAUAGAUAUUGAAUGACUGUCUCUGGCUGGCCAGUCAUUCUCUUUUCAAAGGCUGUAUCUCUAGACCAAAAGCAUAGGUGCCAGAAUGAGUAG